AGAAGUCUGGUCGUCUUCAGUCAGCAACGCACGGUAACACAUAGCAUACAUAGGCUGUGCAGGGACGCUACCAAUCCCAGGGAACCCGGAUGCCAGCACGCCUCUGAACGCGCUAUUUAAGCGUCUGGUAAGGCUGAGAACACGGGCAGUGGAUGCGGGCUGGAAGCUUGAGUGACGUUAAAACUCGGUGAGGAGGAUUGUCGCUGUGCAUCAGUCAGCAAGCGAGCGUAAGCGAACCGCAGUGAUUGGACGAAUGGCCUUUUACGCUUGCUUCCACGAUGCUCUUUUCAGCCAACGCUCAACGGCGUGCUGCAAUACAGCAAACGGCUUCCACGGACUUCGAUCGAUCUAGGGUGCCGUGGUCUACAUCCAUGCUAUCUCCAUCCUCAGCUCGGCCAAUUUGCUCCGCCUUUAUGCUCGGUGCUGAAACCAUGCCGUGCCUGAAGCGAAAUGUUAGCGGGAUGCGUGGGUUGGCAUGGUUAUAUACAUGCCUGCUCCUGGUCUGCCACCCAGCUAUAAGAAAGCAGAGUUGUCUUGUCACUGCAGUGGAGGCCUUAUAUACGCACUAUUCAAUUUUGAGACAGACGCUGGGGCUGCUCAGCUGUCAGCAGUCAUCACAGCCAGGACCGUCGCAACGAUGCUCGAAUUCGUCCAUUUGUCCGGUGCCGAGGCGGGCAAGGACCUGCAAACUAGGCGAAAGGUCCGAUCUCAAGCUAUGAGAGAUUUCCGACGUCGCCAGCGUGAAGAACGAGAGUCUCGUUAGUGGUGCUCUUUGCAGGCUGUUUGAGUUUGAUGCUGACCACUGCGGCCAGUCAG